GUUGCUGAAUCGACAGAGGGCGCCAGAUCGAGCUGCUCUUCUUUAGCAUUAGCACACAGCACAACAAGGAUUGGAUCAUCGAGGUUUGAUGCCUCUGUGAUGUCGAUGGUGGCAGGCGUGAUGGUUUGAGGAGGUGGUCGAGCGUGUGAUGUUACGCUGGACGGUGCACCUGGAGGGCGGGCCACGGAGGGUCAAUCAUGCCGCAGUGGCGGUCGGGCACAAGGUCUACUCUUUCGGAGGAUAUUGCUCGGGCGAAGAUUAUGAGACCUUGAGACAGAUAGAUGUUCACGUCUUUAACACAGUGUCUCUGCGCUGGACGAAACUGCCGCCUGUAAGGACCGGAGGCAGAGAGCAUGCUCGGGAAGUGCCUUACAUGCGCUACGGGCACACUGCGGUCCUGGUGGAUGAUACCGUCUACAUAUGGGGUGGUCGUAAUGACACGGAGGGGGCGUGUAACGUGCUGUAUGCCUUCGAUGUCAAUAGCCACAAAUGGUUCACACCCAAGAUUUCUGGAACAGUUCCAGGUGCCAGAGACGGGCACUCGGCCUGCGUCUUAGGAAAAGCCAUGUACAUCUUUGGCGGAUACGAGCAGCUGGCUGAUUGCUUCUCCAAUGACAUUCAUAAGCUGGACACCACGAAUAUGUGCUGGUCUCUUGUGAACGCCAGGGGUACACCGGCUCGAUGGAGAGAUUUCCACUCAGCUACUGUUAUCGGCAGCAAGAUGUUUGUGUUUGGGGGCAGAGCGGAUCGAUUUGGUCCUUUCCACUCUAACAAUGAGAUCUAUUGCAAUAAAAUCAAAAUUUUUGAUACAGAGACCAAUUGCUGGCUCAACACGGCAUCGGCCCAGCUGCUGCCCGAGGGCCGGAGAAGCCACUCAGCCUUUGCUUACAACGGUGAACUGUACAUAUUCGGUGGCUAUAAUGCUCGUCUGGACCGGCAUUUCAAUGACCUUUGGAAGUUUAAUCCAGAGGCAUUCUCCUGGAAGAAGGUAGAGCCGAAAGGUAAAGGUCCUUGUCCCAGAAGACGACAGUGCUGCUGUAUGGUCGGAGAUCGCAUCAUCCUGUUCGGAGGAACCAGCCCGUGUCCAGAACAGGGGAUGGGCGAUGAAUUUAACCUCAUGGAUCAUUCAGACCUGUACAUUCUGGACUUCAGUCCUAAUUUAAAGACUUUAUGCAAACUAGCAGUGAUUCAGUACAGCUUGGAGCAGACUGGACUUCCACAUGACAUCAGGUGGGAGCUGACGGCCAUGACCACCAACAGUACCAUCAGUCGGCCCAUAUUCUCCUCUCACGGCUGACACGAAUCUGUCACGAAAGAACCUUCUGCUCGUUCUGGAUCUCAAUGUUUCUGUCUGCGUCCCCACCAAUGGAUUUACUAAGACAAGUUUUCGUGCUGAUGAAGGACUUUGUUGAAGAUAAACUGCACUUGUUUCAUGUUGAAGAGACACAGACCUCCGCGUUUUAAAUCAGUCCAGUUAUUCAUCAGUGUUACUAUGUUUUUAUGAGACAUUGAAGUGAAGUGAAGUCUUCAUAAUUACUCAUCGAUCUUGCGUCAUCGCUCCUGUCCAAGGCAGAGACAAUAAAACAACAUGAGAUUUCUGAUCAGAUGGCUCCGUUGAGCGGAAAGGCUGAAUGUUUCACUUUCUGUUGUUCAUCAGGCACACUUUCUUUUUUUAACAGAUUUGUUGGAUCUUUCUUUUGUUGUUUUUUUUUCCGACAAUAAAAGUUUUUGACUCUGCAAGUCAAUAGAAAGAAAUUUCUUUGCGUGCGCGCACAACUUCAGCCCUCUUCACUUUGCAUACGGUCAAUACAGCAAAUCAAAAACGAGUGCAAAUGUUUGUUUGUCUGUGGUGCUUUUACAACUGCAGAAAUAUAUGAAUAUGUUUUAUUCAUUUACUGGUUGAGAGCAAUUGAUGUUUAUCUCUGAUCCCUCAAAUAUUGUGUCAUGUAGUUCACAGCUUUUUUAAAGAAAUGGGUCUGAAUGUUCAGGUCACACACGCACACACAGUUUAUAUCCAGGACUGACAGAUGAAGUCAGAUUUUUCUGUUUGUGAUUUCUUUUAUUCUACAGAAUCUUUGGUGUUUUUACAAAACAUCUAAAUAUUGAAAUGCAGGCAAAUUCAUCACUGAACAGUGCCAUUGAUCCUUUGGACUGCCACGGGUAACACUAGUAGAUUUGUUUGCAGAACAAACUCUUGGGAAGAUUUUAUUUGUUUUUAGCAAUUUUAUUUGUUUGUAUGUGCCGGCAAAAGGUUAUCAUUUUCUGUAUGUUAAAAUAUCAUGAAUCAUCAGAAUCAUGUUUAGUGUUCAGAGGAAGAAAUGUUUUCAAUAUUGGAACUCCGAAUAUAAUUCACAAGAUUCUUGUAGUCGUUUUAAAAUGUAUUAUUUUUUAUUUCAAUAUCAGAAUGCUUGGAAAUGAAUCUUUUCACAUGAAAUGUAAUUAGAUUUUAAAUUAUUAUAUAGAAAAUUUGAUUUCCAAAUCAAUAAAACUUUACUUACUGUCUAAAUGAUAA